UAGUGCAGUACACUAAAGUAGAAUAGAAGAUGUCCGCUCGUGUCUAUUUCAUUUCUGGAUUGCUGUUGUGUUGCCUGCCGUUGCUCUGUAGCACCUGUCCUCCUCAAUGUAACUGCUUCUACCACAAACUGAGCGACGGAUCCAAAUCAAGGAGCGUCCUGUGCAAUGACCCAGAACUCACUGACGUCCCAAAGAACUUUCCCUCAGACACCUCCAAACUGCGCAUUGAGAAAACUGGCAUCAGCCGGGUCACCGCUGACACCUUUCCCUACCUCAUCAGCCUGGAAUACCUCUGGAUAUCCUUCAACUCUCUCUCCUCCCUCAGCGAGGGCAGCUUUCGUGGACUUUAUGCUUUGGAUGAGUUACGGAUGGAUGGCAAUCUUCUCACUUCCUUUCCAUGGGAAUGUCUGAUUGACACGCCCAACCUUCGGCUUCUGGAUUUGCACAACAACAAGAUAAAUAGCAUCCCGGUAGAGGCGACGUUUUACAUAAAGAACUUAACGUAUCUGGAUCUGUCCAGCAACAAUCUGGCCACCGUCCCGGCAGAAGUUCUUUCUUCGUGGUUCUCUGUAAAACCUUCUCAAGACGCAGAGAAUUCCAAAAUUAUUUUAGGUCUCCAUGACAACCCCUGGCUGUGUGACUGUCGUCUCUUUGAUUUGGUUCAGUUCCAGAAGUUUCCCUCGUCUUCGGUGGCGUUCAUCGAUACGCGUUUGCGCUGUGCCGAGCCAGAGAGCCUGUCUGGAGUUCUCUUCUCUGACGCGGAGCUCCGCAAGUGUCAAUCUCCCCGUGUCCACACGGCCGUCGCCAGGGUCCGGAGCUCUAUUGGCAACAAUGUCCUGCUGCGCUGUGGAACCAUCGGAGUGCCCAUGCCAGAGCUGUCCUGGUCCCGAGCCGAUGGCAAACCCAUGAACGCCAGUGGUAAGUUUGUUCAACAGGAAAUCUCCAAAGAGGGCAUAAUCUGGUCCAUUCUCACUGUUCCUGCUGUUUCAUACCAAGAUUCUGGAAAAUAUGUCUGCAAAGCCACCAACUUUGUUGGGAGCGCAGAUGCCAUCAUCUCGCUCAUCAUUUCGGACACGUGGCAGAUUGAUGAAGUUGCCAAGAAACCCCACAGCAAGAAGAGCAGCGGCCGGGCAGCAUACCAAGAGAAGCUCAUCGCCAGAUAUGUGCCGCAAGCCACGACACCAGUGGCCGUGCCCAUCAUCGAACCCUUGAAUGGACCGAAAGCCACAGCUGCCAUCCAGAUCGAGAGCUACAGCAUCUCUGAUGAGGCUUCAGACGCAUCUCCCGCGGCCUUCCCGGUGCCCGACGACAGCUUGGCCGAGCUGGAGAAAGAUGUGCUGAGCAAUCUGGAAGCUAAUGCAUCGUCUCUUCAGCAGGGUCCCGAGCGCAGAGUGGUCCGCUCGGUGAAAGUUAUUGGUGACACGGACCACGCCGUAUCGCUGAACUGGCGAGCGCCUGCCGCCACCAACACCACAUCGUUCAGCGUUCUCUACGCCGUGUUUGGUGAGCGAGACAUGCGGCGUAUUGAUGUCGGGCCAGGAAAGAAUCGCGUCACCAUCCAAGGUCUGGUGCCUAAAACCAAGUACAUAGCUUGUGUGUGCGUGAAAGGUCUCAUUCCCAAGAAGGAGCAAUGUGUAAUUUUCUCCACGGAUGAAGCCGCAAGUGCCAGCGGUACUCAGAAGCUCAUAAAUGUGGUGGUGAUCACGGUGGCUUGCGUCAUCGCGGUCCCCCUGACGCUCAUCGUGUGCUGCGGGGCCCUUAAGAGGAGGCUACAGAAGCUGCUGGGCAGAAAGUCCAAAGACAUUCAAGAUUCAUAUGUGACGUUUGAAACUCUUUCUCCGGGCACCAAAACUAUAGGACUGGAGGGAGAGUAUAUGACCAGACUUAACCCGGACGAAUCCAACCGCUUGCUGUCUGCUCGGUCCAGCGUGGAUUCGGAGGCCACGGCCAGGACUGAGGGUCAACCCAACGAAUACUUCUGCUGACAGACUUUUGUGCCUGUAGUGCACUCUUGGCAUGGGCUAAAGGAGACUUUCAGUUUGCGUUUGGAGACAUACAUACAUAUCGCUGUCCUUUCUCUGCCCUGACAGGGUACAAACCAUUUGAGUUCAAACUCAAGGACAAAAUGUCUUUCUGUCCUCUUGCACCUUUCAUUCAUGAAUACUUUGACAAAUAUUUUGCGGCAUCUGUCUACUGUAUGUGAAACCCAUGUCUCUCUAAAGGCCCAAUGGAAGCGGUGUCAACACGAGGAGAAUAUCGUCUUAUAGAUCGUCUGCAUUACUAGACAGAUUUGUGCUGUUUGUGGUUUCUAAUUCUUCCUUUCAUUUGAUGUACAGAGGUUUCCCCACAUUAACACUGAAACUGUAUUUAUAAUCUAUCAUCUUUUCAAUUACUGUAAAUGUGUCUGUAAUAUAUUGGUGUUAUGGCCAGUAAAAUUAUGUUUUUUUUCAUUUGGUCUUUGGUUCCUGAACGCUUCAUCUGCCUUUGUGGAGUGAUGGAUUUGGAAAUGCACCUUGAUUCCAGUCCUAGUUUCUACCACUCUCUCAUCUGGUUCUGUUAACAAACAUUUUGUUUAGAUGUUGAUGAUGGCUGUUUUGUCUCUUAUACUGUACAAGUAAAGCAAUGUUUUUUAGUGUUUCAUAUGAAUGCAAUUUAUUGUCUUGCACUCUAUGAACCAAGUGCAAUAUUAUUCUUUUUACAGUUUGUUGUUUUUAAAUGACCGUUAAAUAUAUUUCAUACUUUCCA